CAGUUGUGGAUUUAUGGAUAACUGAGGCAACCCAAUCCAGUUGCCACUUUAAGAAUGCGGUAAUACAAGGAGAGAGCAUAUUUGUGAGGGUCCUUUGUGAGCUACUUGUAACCUGUAAAAACAAUUUUUCAAGUCAAGGUGCCAUUUUUUCCCGGGCAGUUUGUUUUUUGUGUCUGAACAAAAGGCAACAGGUUUAAAUUGUGUUGUUUUGUUGCCCCCUUGGCUUCUUUCUUCCCCUCAUGCCUCUUGAUCCUUGACCCAGAUACCACUGUUUUGGACCUGAAAGAGCAAUGUGACCCUCUAGGCAUUUAAUACUGAUACCAGAGUCAUAUGGUGCGGAAUAAAGAUGCCAAGGCUCCUUGAGAGUCAGAUGGGAACACAUCCAGCUGCCUGAAGGUCUAGAUCAUUCCCUUGUUUAUUACUUGCUUGGGUCAAAUCUCUACAGUUUAAGUUUAAGAAGUGUAGAACUGAUGACUACGGGAACAGACUGCAAAGUGGAAUCUUAAAAAAAAAGGGAUAUGAAAAAGGAUGAAUUGCAUGGCCUGUAAAUAUAAUUAUAAUCUAUAAUAAAUGACCAAAAGGAAACUCAAAAUAAUCAAACAAAACACAAAGGAUAGGGAACGAAAGAAUUCAACAAUGUAGUGAAGUCAGAAAUAUGAGCAUACAUUUAGUUCAUCACCCCACCACACACCUUUGUCAGCCCAAACAGUCUAAAAUUGAUUUAACCUCGUGAUAUCAUACACUGUAAAUAGAAACUUGUGUGGUUAUGUGCUCUUGUACGACUCUCACAUACAGGAGGAGGGAGAGGCAGAAUUGGGACAGACAGACAACACCGCUGGUGUCGGCAGAUAGGGAAAGAGGUACAGCUGCUUGCAACAAUAACAGCAACAUCCAAACAGUGGACUAUUAUUUGACAUCUGUAUUACAUUCUCUGUGAAUUUUCCUUUAAUAACUGCAUAAAAAAGUAAGUGAUUUUAUGUUUUGAGGAUUUAAAAGGAUUAGUACAGAUUAGAGUGUUACUGGACAAUAUGGCAGUAGCCAAUCCUGGCCCCAACAAGGAGUGGGAGGAAUGGAAGAGAGAGAUGAAGGUGAACAGGAAGAUGAAAUUGUGGAAGAGGGUGAGACGUUGGUCUAAAGCUGAAGAGGAAGAAAAGGAGGAUAAUGGAGAGGAAGAAGAGGCUGAGGACACGGACUGUGAAGAAGAGCAAGUAAGCGAUGUUGAGGAGAGUGAGGUGGUGGAUGAGGAAGAAGAAAAAGAGGUGAAGCAAGCAGAGGAACUGGAAGAAGGGGAACAAGGGGCAGAAAGGGAGGUUAAGGAGAACAAAAGGGGGGAUGAGGAGGAAGACAAUGAUGCAAAGGAAGCUAAAGAAAUGCAAGAAGAGCAGAAAGAAGGAGAAAAUAAGGUAGAGAGGGAGGUUAAGGAGAAAGAGGAGGUGGAUGAUGAAGAGGGGGAGGAGGUAACAGAAUUAGAAGAAGUGGAGGAAGAGCAGGGGGAAGUAGAAAAUGAGGUGAAUGAGGAAGUGGAUGAGGAGGAAGACAGGCAGGUGAGGGAAGAAGAGCAGGUCAAGGAGAAAGAGGAGGUGGAUGCUGAAGAGGGGAAGGGAGAAACAGAAUCAGAAGAAGUGGAGGAAGAGCAGGGGGAAGUAGAAAAUGAGGUGAAUGAGGAAGUGGAUGAGGAGGAAGACAGGCAGGUGAGGGAAGAAGAGCAGGUCAAGGAGAAAGAGGAGGUGGAUGCUGAAGAGGGGAAGGAGGUAACAGAAUCAGAAGAAGUGGAGGAAGAGCAGGGGGAAGUAGAAAAUGAGGUGAAUGAGGAAGUGGAUGAGGAGGAAGACAGGCAGAGGAGGGAAGAAGAGCAGGUCAAGGAGGAAGAGGAGGUGGAUGCUGAAGAGAGGAAGGAGGUAACAGAAUCAGAAGAAGUGGAGGAAGAGCAGGGGGAAGUAGAAAAUGAGGUGAAUGAGGAAGUGGAUGAGGAGGAAGACAGGCAGGUGAGGGAAGAAGAGCAGGUCAAGGAGAAAGAGGAGGUGGAUGCUGAAGAGGGGAAGGAGGUAACAGAAUCAGAAGAAGUGGAGGAAGAGCAGGGGGAAGUAGAAAAUGAGUUGAAUGAGGAAGUGGAUGAGGAGGAAGACAGGCAGGUGAGGGAAGAAGAGCAGGUCAGGGAGGAUGAUGAUGAAGAACAGCAGCAAAUUGGACAGUAUCACCUGGAAGAGCAAUUCAGAGUUCAGGUGAAAACCGAGGAUCAGCCGAGCACAAGUCAAGAAGACAAAACAGUCAAUGAGACAGACUCAGUAGAAUCCGAUAACGAAGAUUCUGACUCGACAGGAUCUGAGGAUGAAUGUUGUAACUUUGAAAGACUAAAUGAGGAAGAGAGACCUGUUGAGAAACAAUGUGAGGAUCCCGAGGAACCAAGAUAUCCUGAUGAAAAGUCAUGGAGCGUUGAAAAUAGCAGCCCAGGAGAAUGGACUUGGUCUGGAGAUGAAAGUGAGAAGUUAACAGAUGAACAGGAAUCUUGGACAACUCAAGAAGAAGAGUUUCAAGAGGACUACGGAAAGCUUCAAGAGGAAGAGGAAGAGUAUACAGAUGAGGAAGCGGAACAUUCAGCAGACGAGGAUGUAGGUAAUAAUGACGAAGAUGUGGUGAAGAUUUACUGCAAAGCUAAUUAUGUCACAGUUGUAUUCAACACCUUGACAGAGUUCAGGAACUCCUCUCUUCUCACUGACCUUACUUUGAGCACAGAGGAUGGGAACAGUUUUUUUGUACACUCCCUUGUCCUGGCUGCUGUCAGCUCCCUUAUCAGGGGAAGUCUCAGUAGAAUCAAUGUAAAAAACAGUAGAUGUGAUAAAAGAAAAGAUGAAGGACUCCGCAGGUGGUCCCUGUCUCUGGGUCCAGAAGUGGAUAAUGUUGGAUUAGAGGCAGUUGUGGAGUUUGCCUACACUGGUCUCAUAUCGUUUUUGAACAAGGACACUGUGCACCAGAUUAAGACAGCAGCUCAAACAUUGGGUGCCCCCAGGGUGCUGGAUCUGUGCACAGAGGAAGAGGAAAAGUCCAGAAAAACUGGUGGUCAGAAGACAGAGGGAAGAAUUUCGGCUGCAGAGCAAAUGAUGAUCAGUCUUAAGUCCAUCAAACAGCUAUGGAUGGACAGAGAGAGCUGUGACGUCAUUCUGGAAGCUAUCGGAGGAUCGCUUCACAUCCACAGAGUCAUCCUGGCUGUGGGGAGUGACUACUUUCGCAGCAUGUUCACCUUAGGGAUGAGGGAGUCUCAUCAGUCCUGUGUGACCCUUCCCUUCAUAUUGGCUUCAGAGCUGGAGCUUCUGAUUGACUGCUCCUACAGUGGGGCUAUCCCUCUCAGCUGGAAGUGUAUCUUCGAGAUCACCAGCACUGCUCUGCAGCUCCAGUACCAACCCGCCCUCUCCUUGUGCCUUGACUUCAUGCAUCAAGAAAUAAAUCCUCACUCCUGCCUGGAUGUGGCAUCUUUUGCUGAGGCCUACGAGAUGGUGCAGCUUCUUGAAGUUGCAGACGAUUUUGUCUUGCGGCAAUUCCAAAAGGUGGCGUGCACCUCAAAGUUCAAGGAUCUGCCAGCCAAAAAGCUCCUGAAAUACCUGAAAAGUCACUCGCUUUAUGUUCCAUCUGAAAUUGUUGUAUUCAAAGCAGUGGUGGCAUGGAUCCAAGCAAAGCCUAAGACAAGGCUGAGGCUUACCAAAGACCUAAUGAAAACCAUCCAUUUUCACCUGAUGACAUUCAAGGAAUUCCAUGAAGUCAAAUCUCUGAACAUGUGGUCUGAUUACAGCCUUGAAAAGCUCUAUGAAACAAUUUUUGAGGAAUUCUGCUCUAAUGAGACUGACUACAGUCAGUGCCGCAUCUAUCUGCCGAAAGAGAGUCUGAUCUUGAUUGGAGGUGACCAGACCUGUGAAGACAAGGGUAGCCGCAGCAUCAGCAGAGAACUCUGGUUUGGGAAUUCAUUAAGAAACCAUCUAGGCAUAAAAAAGGCCAUGGAAUGGAGAAAGUUGGGAGAGAUGCCAGACCCAGCAAGGUACAGUCAUGAGGUGUCUGUGCUCAGAGGACAACUGUACGUGUUUGGUGGCAAGAACUAUUAUGGCACCAACGACAUCCUGAACUCUGUUUACAGGUAUGACCCCCUUCAAAACAGCUGGGAAAGACUAGCUGAAAUGCAAGAAAAGAGAUGCUCUUUUUCCGUGGUUGUCCUGGAUGAGAAGAUAUAUGCCAUUGGCGGAUAUUGUGAACCAGACUAUUUAGAGAGUGUGGAACGAUACUGCCCGGUUGCAAACUCUUGGAGCUUCACCUCGCCCUUGGAUAUGCCUCUGAGUGCCCAUGUAGCAAAAGUUUUCCAAGGACAGAUCUUUGUCUCAGGAGGGCUAAGCAACCAGUACCAAUGUCUUGCAUCCAUGUUUUUGUAUCACCCCGAGACAGGAAGCACUUAUUUAGAAAACAUGGCUAAACCUCGAGCUUAUCACUGCAUGGAGACGCUGGGCAAUUGUCUUUACGUAGCAGGUGGAAUCGCCACAGACACUGUUGACCAGCUAGCUUGUGAGGUCUACAAUCCAGAAGCUGACUCCUGGACUGCCUUUACAUCACUGCCAGUGCCACAUGUAGGAGCAGGAAGUGCAGUUUUGGAGGAAAAGUUUUAUGUGCUUGGUGGAUACAGCCGGGAGGACUUCAGUGACACGAAGAUAGUCCAUCGUUAUGAUCCCACUGCACAGAGAUGGGAGAACAUGGGCAAGAUGCCUGGGCCGAAUAAUGACAUACAAGCGGCUCUGCUGUGCUUGCCUUCACAUUUCCGAUUGUAAGACGUGGUGACAGGUACCAACGCUAUCGUUGUUUUACAUGGAAUUUAAUUCAACUUAAUUUCAGGAUACUUGCAUGUUAGUAACAGUGGUAUUUUUGUAAUUUAUUUGUAAUUCACAUUCUUCCAUUGUUGACAAAGCAAGGAUGUUUACAGUUUCACAAUAACUGAUAUCAUAAUCGAGGUAAAUAUAGUAUAUGAGUUCAACAUUCAGGCACGCCAAAUGUAGGAUACCUAUGUAAUUCUGAUGCUCUUCAAAUUAGUAUUGCUAUUCAAAUUUUAGUUUUACAGUAUUCAAACUGUGCUCAUUACAUACCUGCCAACUUUUCAGAAAACCUUGGUGUGAGAUUUUUUCGGGGGUGACCAAAAUUAUGCCGCACGCAGCCACACAAGUUGGUGCCUCAGAUAUCAGAGAACUGGAAUUCGUUUGAUGUUGUACCCAUGUUGUACCCUGCAUUCUGGUGGUUUGUGGGGAGGCCCAAAGCCGCUGAUAGGGGCAGCCUACUGGAGAUCGACAAUAUUGGUUACAUUCUGAGAAGCAGACAUAGCUGAAGGUCCACCCCCAGGAAAUUUUGGAUUAAGUAGAUGUGAUUUCCUGCAUUCUAGUGGAUUUUGGGAUGGUCUGCUAAAGAUGUGCAAUACAAGGUUAACAAGGUGCUCUCCUGCUGCUUGUUAUGACAGAUUUCACCACCCUAAAUCAUGUUCACACGCUCAAACAAAUAAUUUAUUUCAAGAUUUAAAGUUUAAGAGAGUGAGUACUCAAUUGGACGACAUUUCAUUGUCACAUACCUAGUCUCAGCUCAGAUCAAGGACGGAAUUUUGAUUACAGAGGUGGGGGGGACACAGGUAUAAGUAAUUUUUUUGGCCUUUUGAUGGCUUUAUUUAUAGAGACAGCUGUAGGGAGACAGUGAUGGUGGGUGGAGAGAGAGGGAGAGGAUGACACGCAGCAAAGGGCAGCGGGUCGGAUCCGAACCCGCACCGCUGCAGCGACUCCGUAUAUGGGUCGCCAGCUCUACCGACUGAACUAACCGGCAGGCGCACCCUUUAUACAAUAGUAGUUCUUCUAGUUUUCCAUUGCUACUUUUACGUUUACUGUUCCCUUUCUUGGUUUGACUGGUUGUAAAGCAUGUAAAUGUAAAUAUAGAAAAAACAUUCUGGACACACGCACGCACGCACGCACGCACAUGGACACCGAUUCAAACGUGAAUGCAAAUGAAACCUCUGAUAUUACCUGGGCAACUCCAGCAGACCGGUGUGCGAGCAAGAUGGAGUGACAGCGGGGACGGCCAAUCACACAAGAAACGGCAGAGCCAAUCGAGGAGCUUGUGGGCGGGUCUAAACUAAGGGAAACAGGCUCCAGCUUGAGCGGCCGUUUUCCUCUUGGUCCUAGUGCUUGACGAGUCUCUGUUUACUAUAGCGUAACAUUGUUUUUGGACGGUAAAAACUGCAGAGGACCGAAA